AUGAAAGGCUUCAAAGUCGCUCUACGAACGGGCUACUCCAUCUGGUUCUCGCAAUUUCUUUCUGGAAACGAUACUAUGAAAGAUAGUACAGCUAGCAGUGAGCCCCUCAAUAGCCGCCCCGAUGCUGAGAUCGAGAUAGUUGGUACAAUUCAACCAAAUCCAAUAUCGCGCUCUCUACCCGAAGGUUCUACUGUUACAGUCCGAGUCGACAUGACGCUUCGGAACUCUGACUCUCCACUGUCGUUCGACGCAACACGUAGCUUCAUCGCCCAGAACCAGAAAGUUUCAAGCGGAUUCCACAUCUACCAUACGGAUGACGGAACAGGAAGCCUCCCCCGAAUACAUAUCAACGCCCCGAUGGUUGACGUCAACGUAGAUGAAGAUCUGAUGACUCUCUAUCCCGACCUCACUGUUUCCGUUGAUGUUACAACCAAAGUCUACACUAAGAAAGCUCAUGACGGUCAAAUGCAACAAUAUUUCUUCCGCGGCAAAUUGUCUACCAUGGAAUUUGGGGAUAAGCAUGUGAUAUUUCUUGGUGCUGGACGUCAGCCAAUGGUGUGGCUAUAUUGGGAUACCAAGGAAGAUAUUAUCGAGAAAUAUGUGAAGAACAAUGGCCAUGCUGGUCACACUGGAAAUUGCAGUAGAAGUUUCCGCUGCCGCGGUUAUGGACUGUCCCACCAGCCAGUGCUCCGUCUGGUCACACCUAUUGCAUUCUCAGUAGUGGAAUAA